UGGUGUUUACGCGUCUACCCAUAACGCGUCCUCGCGUUGACGCCUGUACACGAAAUUCCGUGUGUAGACGCUAUAACGCGUACACGCGGUACUGACGUCUUUAUACGAUAUUCAUCUUUACAUGUAAUGUUUGUAUAUGGUACGCCUAAAGACGUUUUUGUCCGUCCAGCUUUCCGUAUCUGCACGCAGCCAUAUCAGAACUGAAUGAAAACAUGGAUCCGUGUCGAGCAUGUUAUUUUACACUGUUUAACAUUGUUCUUCUCACUUUAACGCGAGGACAGGACUGCCCCGCAGAUGGACGCACAUGGGUGCUGUUUGGCCACAACUGCUAUCACUUUGUACAUGGAGAAGAGAACAUCGCCAAAAGCUACUCUCUUCAAGAUGCCAAAGAUAUGUGCAGAGGAUAUGAUCUCUUGACAAUAAAAAGUGCAGAGGAGAAUGAGAACAUCGUUAAACACAGCCCUUUUGUGUGGAAAGGCAAAAUAAACAUAUGGCUUGGAAUAUACUAUGACAGUGAUGAUGAUGUGUUCAAGUGGCAUGAUGAUGACAGUAUGUUGAGUUAUAAUAACUGGGAGGACGGUGGCUCUGAUGACACGGAUCUUUCUCUCAUGGACACGUGUGUGGCUCUUCACACUAGCACUGGAAAGUGGGAGAACAUCAGCUGUACAGAUGAACCUGAGAAUGGAGUUGUGUGCCAGACAGUGGGAUUCUAUAUAUGUGGAACUGAUGGUAGUCCUCUUCUGUUAGUUCUGGUCAUCAUCAGUGUGGUGCUGAUUCUCGCCGUGUCUGCUGUGGUUUGGUUCCUUCACCAAAGAAAAAACCCGGGAUCCUCCAUCCUCAACUUAAUCGAGUACCACCCAUCCUUCCGAUCCCCGUCUGCUGAUCAGACGUGCCUGACAGAAGCUGAAGAAGUCGAGGAGAUACCUUAGAGCUCAACACUGUGAUGAUGAUGUUUUUCAACCAUGCCUAGGUUAGAAUAAGCAGCAAGACAGCAUGGAAGAUCAUAAACUCGUCCCUUUUUUACUGGUUGCUGUGGAGUUCCUCAACUAUGGGCUACACAGAACAAAACAGAGGCGUUUAUAGUCAUAAGUGGAGGACUAGGGGAAAUGUUGUCUGUCUGAAGGCCCUCAGUUGGUGGGACUUCCUUUACAAAAGAACAUUAAAAGGUUAGUUCACCCAAAAAAUGUAAUUUACUCACCCUUAUGUCAUUCCAAAGCUGUAUGACUUUAUUUCUUCCAUGCAACAUUAUUAGUCACCAUUGAGGCUUCAAAAAGGAUGCCUCAGAAAUGAUCUGUAUGACUUGUGCACUAUGUUCCGUCUUUUCUAAAGCCAUACGAGAGCUUUCUGUGAGGAGUAGACCAAACUUUAAGCCAUUAUUCAAUACUAAUCCUACCCUCCAGUAAGCUGGUUACCACUGCGGCUGGAUCAAGUCAGUGAGUUCAGUCUAGAUCAAUCCGAUUUACAAACAAAUCAUUCAGACCAGUUUUAUAAAUAGGAUCGACUGAUUCAUUCCGACUCAAAAGAUUUGAUUCGAGAGUUGCAAGAUUUUUAGUGAACGACCUAAAUUCUCUCAAACAGCAUGCACGUUUAGGAUGACAUGAGGAUGAGUAAAUAAUGAUAGAAGUUACAUUUUUGGGUGAACUAUUCCUUAAAGAUCAUGUGUUUAUUUUGUGACUGCCAAAUCACUGUCAUGAGACGGGAAGUUGCGUCAGAUAUUUCCCUAUACAGUCGGACCAUAGUGUUAAAUUUCCAGCUCUUUUCAGAUUUGUCAGGCUACAAAUAGGUCUUAAGAUGGUCGGCCAGCUGUUCUUUCUGCCUAAAAAGUGCCCAAAACCCUUCUUAAACCAGCAAAAGUCUAAAUGUGACCAUGCUGGAAGACAAGCAAGCCAGCUUAGACUAGUUUAAGCUGUAUUCUCAGCAGGAAUCUGCACUGAAAAGGCAAAUAUUAAAGUUAGUUACAGCUAGUGCUUCAUAUGCACCUCAGGUUCUUAGAUAUUGAGACUUACUGAUUGCCAAUGACAGUAUCUUUGAAUGUUUUUGAUUUUGUUUUAAGGUUUGGAUUUGCCACUGAUAAUGUUCUGUAUCUACUGUAUGCUACAAAUGACUCGUAUUGUGUAAGCCGUAAUGCUUUAUUUUUCCUUUUGUGAACAACAGGCCAUUUCUCUGAGAGAAACUAAUCAAAUACAAGUCAAGACUAAUAAACACAAAACAAACUGAAAACGGUUUUCUGAUUCCUGACGAGACAUAUCAAAGGACUUGUCCCUUGUUUUAAAGUAGCCUGUAGUUUAUUUAGGGGAGGGGAUGUCCUCAUUCUAGAGUCAUCAAUAUUUUUGGUCAAAAUUUUUUCUUUUAUUUUACUUAUUUAUAUUCAGAAAAGAAAGACUACAUUUUUAUGCAUUUACCUGAUGAUGGUUAAUUUGCUCCAUUUUUAGGAGUGCACUAGCAUAUAAAUGGCCACAAAGCAAUAACCGGCGUGAACAAAAAGCUACAAAAACUCACAUUUUGAUUUCAUGGGGUCUUUAAAAUUAUUUGUUGAAUACAAAAAGUCUAUACACUUUCAAAUAAACAGAACAUGCUCGUUUUACUGUAUACUUCUCUAUUAAAAAAACUGUGCUGAUGUGUAAAGACAGAUAGAAGAGGAUGAAGUGGGACAGUUAAUUGAGGACACAUUCAUUCCCCUCUGGGGUUUUAUAGAUCACUGUCAGUGUUCUACCCUGAAAGUAUCAAUUUCACUCUGUAUCAGCAGCUGGUUUGCCUAAACGCAUAUAAAUUACUGUAUGUAAUGUUU